AAUGUCUACUUCGACGUCUUCCACUCCCCCACUGAACCGGGGACAUUUGUAUUCCAGAAAGUUUGGACCGGAGACAAGAAGUGGUUCUACGAGCACCAGCUCACCAAACCCUACUAUGAGCCAUACACGGCAGCGACGAAGCCAAUGUGGUUGACAGACCGAAAGAUGGAGUUCCUCGACCCCGUGGACGGAUGGAGUUAUGUCGACAAUGCCUACUUGGCCGGCACCGUCAACCCU